CUCUACUCUGUACUCAAUUUUCGUCUGAUCGAUCUGUUAGCGUUAAGGUUAGUUGCGUCACAUCUGUUUCACAAUUGGUUCGGAGCCGAGCGUGAGAGGUUCAGAGGUUACAGAAAAGUGACUAUAAAGGAAAAAUAUUUGAAAAGUGUAUUAUUUUGCAUUACAAGUUGAUAUGUGCAUUGUUUUGCUUAUAUCUAAUGAGUACUGCUUCUAACAACGCGAAGGAUACUCCAACUCCAGGGAUAUCCGAAUCCUCUUCCCUGCUAGGAGAAACGCUGGCAAGUCCGUCCGAGCCAGAGAUGAAACUCAACAAGUGUUGGGAUAGCAGUCGUCGCCUGCAGGUGGAUGUGCUGGCUGGGCUGUUUGGCAUCAGUGCAUGGUUGUCCAUCAAUGCCAUGUUCACUCAGCUGCCGAUCCUAGUCCAGACUGCCCCGGAGGGCUGGAACCUCCCAUCUUACCUUUCCAUUCUGAUCCAAGCUGGAAAUUUUGGUGCUAUAUUGUACACUUUUUCCGAGAAGUACUUUCCCAGGCUCGUCGCUGAAACCAAACUCAUCUACUUCAUGCUUCUUCUCGGAUCCUUAUCGCUCAUAUUGAUGGCCUUCUAUUACAACUACACCCUGGUGGUGUUUGGUCAAUUGCAUAGCAUCAUUCUGUUCAUCCUGACCUUCUGCAUAGCUCUUGUUGGCUGCACCAGUUCUGUGUUGUUCAUCCCCUUCAUGAAUCACUAUCCUGAGGUCUAUCUGAUCUCGUACAUGGUGGGAGAAGGUCUCAGUGGGUUUGUGCCCAGUAUAAUCUCUCUCAUACAAGGUGUCGGGGGCAACCCAUCUUGUGUCAAUGAAACCACUUCGGCCGGUGAAAUCAUCAUGGUUCCCCAUAUCCCCCCACUAUUUUCUACGACUGUAUUUUUCUCUUUAAUAUUCUCUAUCAUGGUUGUCAGUGCGAUAUCAUUUUUCUUACUCAACAAUCUCCCCUCAUGUAAGAGUCAAAAAGUAAGAAAACCUCCAAACAGAAUUAAUUCUGCCCCCGUGCCUGAAUCUCCUACACUCAAUUUGUAUUCAGAACCAGAUGUCUUAGUAACUAGCAAAGAAAACAGAACAUCAAUUAGCCCUUACGUUUUCCUUAUCAUGAUUACUGUGUUGUCUCUGUUCGCUAAUGGUGCACUACCUAGUAUUCAGUCCUACUCGUGUUUACCGUAUGGUAAUGUAGCGUACCAUUUUGCUGUCAACCUUGGAAGCAUGGCUAACCCAGUUGCCUGCUUCUUGGCAUACUUUGUACCACAACCAUCUCCAAAAUGGAUUUUCUCCCUAUUUUUCAUCUCCGGUUUAGCCACAUGUUACAUUUUUACAACUGCAUUUCUCAGUCCACAUCCUCCAUUACAGGACUCACUCCUAGGGAUUGUCACCAUUGUGUUCAUCUGGGUCUCAAGUUCCGGACUACUGUCUUAUGUGAAGAUGUGGGUUGCAACAUUUUUCAGACGUGAAGGUGGCCGUGGAUUACACUGGUAUGGAGCCAUGACACAGCUUGGUGCUGCCAUUGGCUCAGCCAUCAUGUUCUACCUCAUCAACUACCUGAACCUCUUCACUUCCUAUGACCCUUGUCGGUAACAAGGGUGUGUACUACAAAUGUACUGUAAAUAUUGAACUUUAUAAUCUUUCAAUGUCUGGUCAUUGGACAACAUACAAUUUAGUGCUAAAAUAAGCUAAACUCAAUAAUCGGAUCAAAGCCUUUAAAGUAUAAACUUAAUUGGGCUCUGGACUUUACGUGAUUAAAAUGAAGUGAUUUAAGUCAUUUUGAUUAAAUGUGCUGAGUUUACAGUGUUUACGUUUCUAAACUGUGAAUCUUUGUACACUUGUAACUUUUACCACUUUAUCCAUUUAUCAUAACAGAGAUUAAGUUUACUUACACUCUUAUCUUUGACUUUAUAUUUGUAAUUCUAGAAUAGUUUUACUAUAAUUUAAAUGAUAGUAGUCCACAUAAAAAUGUUAUAUGAUUGUGAAAAUGAAUUGGUUGAAAACAAAAAUAAACUUAUUUUAAAUAAAUCCUGAUUCUAUAAAAAAUACUAAAAGUUCUGGUAAUACCUAGAAACUUUUCAAUGUAUACAAAAUGCAUGUAGUAAAAAUCAAUUCGGGUAUUAUAAAAUUUAAAAAUACUAAGCAAGCUGUAUUAUAAUUUCAAUAAUUGAGUGUGUUUAAAUUGUUGAACUUAAACAAUGUAUCUCUGCCUACACUAAUUUUACUCUGUAAUAAAUCAUACAUUAUUUAAAGCACUUUUCUAAAAAAUUAAAAAUUAAGAGUCCUAAUGAAGAAAUUUUGUACUCACUAAAAGUUUAAAAAUUAAUGAUUAUUGCUAAAAACUAUUAAAGUUUUAGUUCAUUUGCACAGCUGUUUUGUGCAUAAAUUUGAACUAAUAGUUUUAAAAUGUCCAGUUGUUAUUACAUUUUCUGUUAGUAAUUAUCUUUUUAAUCAUCAUUAUGCAGUCUAUUUAAUAUGUUCCUAAACUGAGAAUCACUUCUGAACUAAGCUGGUGAAGAUACCAAUCAAAGAAAUAGUGAAAACGGGUUUGUUGUUUAUUUUUGCAGCAUGUUUUUUACAAACAUCUGGAUAUCUGAGCAUUGAUGUGUGAUGGAAUAUAGUAAAUGUUAUUGUACCCGAAAUGAAUGUGUACAGUGUUGAUUAGUUUGUAGAUAUAGAUUACUGUUAAUAUGAAUUACCUGUGAAUAAUAUUUUACUAAAUGGUGUUUAUACCUCACUAUAGCCUACACUAUUGGUCUACUUUUUCUUCCAGAACUGUUUGUACAAAUCUUGUAGUUUCGAUACAACGAAAACCAGAAGAUUAAUUAGGUUAGUUUGGGGAUAUUAGUAGUUUAUCUGCUUCUAAAGCUCCGAAGUUUGUAAUUUACUGGUAGCACUGCAGCUGUUUCUGGUGGAUAGUUUUGUUACUACUGUUAAGCAUUGGACCAGUUAUAGUAAGCUUAAAAAUGGAGAGGAAAUAGUGAAUCCUCUCAUUCAACUUGUUCUCUGAAUAAACUGUACAGAACAAGACAUUGUAACUUUGUAAAUCAUUACAUAUUUGGAUUUAUUGCAGCAAUUGAUGAAACGAAUAAGUGCAAUUUUGUAGUUCUAUUCUUAUUGGUAUGUGUUAUUCUAUGUGACUAGGAACUCGAUGACCAGGACAGUCAUAUGAAAUUUUAUGUAUUUCAGUUUGAUAUAAAUAUUUUAAGUAUCCAAUUUUAAAUGGUAUUUGCUGUUGUGCCAUCCUAUAUAGAAGGUAGUCUUAUUAAAUGUGAAACAUAAAGAUGAAAAGCUAACAGCAAAUAAACAAUGUUUAUGUAUUUCUAUUAUUUGCUAUGUAGAAUCUUGUAGUAAUUGUUUUAGAGCUCUGUUUUUUUUACUUAGAAAUUCAAAAUAAAAAAGACUAUUUAACUAGUUAUUAAACACAAGUAAGUAUGAAAAGCUAUACAGUUAUAUUAAAAACUGUGUAGUCUUAUUCCAGAUGCAGUAAUUUAACAGCAUUGAAUUACUAAUUUGGUAUUUUGGAUUUUUAGUUAAUUAGAAUAUUGAGUGCACUCAGCCCAAAAGUCCACUACUAUAAAUCAAAAGUAUGGAUACAAUAUCUGGUUUGAGGAUAUUAUUACUGGAAUGCAGGGAGAGAAACCAGAUGAUCAAUAUUGUAAGCUAUAGUGACAUGCUGUCACAGUGCCAAUGGCAGUUGUGUAUUAACUGAUAAGAUAAUUGAUGUAAAACAUUCAAGUCAUAAACUGCAUGCUACAAAACCUAACAUCUGGUUCUUUGAUGGAAACUAGCAACAUGUAUUUAGUUGAUCAAAUUACAGUCCUUCAUUGUUGUAACAAUUUUAUAGUUAUAAAGCUAUACAUUUGUCCAAAUCUUUAAAAAAUCUUUUAUUGAUAUAUGUCUUUGUACCAAACUUACUGUGCUUUGUCAAUUCGUUUGUUUAAAUAGUUUUAUUAGUAGAAUUUCCGAAUAUUAUACUUUUAUCUAAAUUAAAGUGAUUUAAAAUCAAAAUAAAUUUAACUAAUCGUAAUUAAGUUAAAUAUUGAAGAGUACAAGUACAUUUUAUAAUUUGAUAUGUUUGCAUAUUGAUUUACUUUUCAGUAAAAUCAGAGAGAAAUGAAAUCAGACCUAUUUCAUUGUGUUAGUUUAUGUCAAUAGUCUGUCAUGUACUCUUCUUAUUCCAAUUCAUCUUAUUUUGAAAAACCUUUUAUUUUAGUUUGCCAUACAUAAAAAGAAUGGAUUUUAGUGCCUAGUUAUACUAUGCUUUGUAAUGUAGGCUCACUACUAGUACCAUCUAUUAUUUAAUAGACACCAACCAUUCUAUUGUACAAUAAACAGUUUAUAAUCCAAAAUAAGAACUUAGUUAUUAAUGAUAACUGUAAAGAUUUGAAUCAUGUGUAGUGCUUUCAAUAUAUAAAUAUUUCUGUAUAAUGUGUUCAAUUAAUUGUUGCACCAAGUGCUUAAUGAAAUUGUUAUUGAAAUAUAUUUUAGAGAAAUUGUUUUCAGUUUCUUUAGAAGAUCUCAAUGGUUACUUUUAGUGAAGAUAUUGUGAUGAUAAUUGUGCAAAACUUCACAUACAUGACUUAGUGUUUCUAUUUGUAUAUAGCUAUUUUGAAUUUUUAUUUUAUGUUGAAUUUUUCUUUGAUAUAAAUAGCAGUUUUAAUGUUUAGAUCUAGAAUUAAUGAGUUAAAGCUAUGUGUUUUUGGUUGUUACUUACUUGCAAUUUUUAGCUAGACAGUUUUAGGUGGAUAAACAAUUUGAUACUGAUUCUCAGUUAUUUCGAUUUUGAAGUAAACACAUGCAGUAAAAGUUUGUUCUAAGCCCAAAAUUUUACAUUUUUUGCAUGUUCAGAAGUAAUCUAAAUUUUAGUAAUUGAUUCUGACUGGCAAUCCAGAUUAAUUUGGGUACAAGCCAAAUGUUAGAUUUUUGGCUGAAAGCCUUCGCUGAGCGAUGUGAAAAGUGUUUUCUAUAAUAGCAAUAAUUAAUUGUCGACUAUCAGAAUAUAACUAACAUGUAAGUAUUAUCGCUCUUUAGCUGUGCUUGAUUCUGGAGUAUUUAAACUUUUCAAAGAUCAAAUUAAAAAUUUUGUUUGGUAUUUUAUACCUUUAAUGACUUGUAUUGAUGGAAAAGCUACAAUUUAAAAAGCAAUGACAUAGCCCUACUGAAUGUAUCAGCUGAGGAUGUGUUUAGCACAUUCAACAAUGUUAAGUUAUUUCAAUUGUUUUCAAUAAAUAAGUUUUGUUGUUCUGUAUAAAUAAAGAAAAUAUAUUAUUUGCAAUGUUCA